AGGGCUGGACGGGCCUACCUGUUCCUAGACAUUGUGUGUAAUUACCUUCCAGGGUAUAUGGGGCCUCACGUCAAAUAUGGCGUCACCAUGGCUGGUAACAAGCCAUUUGGGCUUAUGAUCGCCUAUUGUGGAACUGUAGAUUUGAAUGACGUUGAAUGCUUGUAUUCAAGCUUUCAAAAGCUAAGUGCAGACAUGCCGCUUCCCAGCAACUCGUUGGGCAAGAAAUACAUCAUCUUAAAAGUGAGUGGUGAAUACAACACGCUAUUGCGAGUGAUUGCUUCGGUAGCUCGCACAAGUCUGUCGGUGAAUUUCCAUCGAAACAAUAUCCCAGAGAGGGUGUGGUUGGUCUCUGCUGGUAGUGUAUAUGAGUCAACUAACCCCAAGGACGGCAAAACGGUUGCUGUAGUCACGUCCAACUUGCCCGUGGCGGUGUUCCUCUACCUCUCCGACAUCAAGUGCGACGUCAACCCCGUCUACACCCAGCUCAUACCCACCGAACUCUACUACAACUACUAUUUUUGGAACAUGCCCCAUAACAAGAAAGAUACCAUACUCCACGUCUACAAAAUGUGUCUGGUACUGCGACGGUUCCAGUACCGCUGGCUGCUCAUAGACGGGAUAUGGCAGGACCAGGAAGAAAUCUUUAAAGAGUGGGUGGAGCACAACGACUGGCAGAUGUACGAACUGGACUCCAUGCCCGGGUAUCACGUGGUAUACACGGAGAACGGCACGCCCUUUGGCUGCUAUUUUUACUACCACACGAACGUCGGGGCGGGUCUGUUUGCCGUUAGCUCCAACGUUGGUGACAUUCAUAAGGAAUCUUGUACUGUAACGACCCCUACACCCGGAGAUAUGAAGGACAACGACUGUGACGGGGCGAUAGACGAGGAGUCAGCAGCGUCGAGUUGUUUUUAUCUAGACGCUUCAGCGGACACAUGCAAAAACGGAGUAAAGUUUGAUGACGAUUUUGAUGGUAAGAGCGAUGAAGAUUUGGCCCGUCCAGCCCCAGUUGCUGGGGGUUGGAGCGGCUGGAGCAAAUGGACGUGUCUGGCUGAGUGUGGGGUGUCCCAGUACACCGUCAGGAGGAGGUUGUGUAACAGCCCCGCCCCCAAGAACGACGGUUACCCUUGUCUAGGUGGGGAUGAGGAACUGGAGGAGACGUACUGCAAUUCAGGGAAAACGUGUGCAAACGCGUGUCCACGAGGCAGGUUUGGGCUAGAUUGUGCCGGUGACUGCUCCAAUUGUGAGGUCGAGUGUGUCAAAGAUUCAGGCUAUUGUCCAGUCUGUAAGGAGGGAUGGACAGGUCCCGCCUGCCAGACACCUUGUCCUGAAAUGACAUUUGGCUACAACUGCAAGUACUCAUGUUCAAAGAAAUGUGGUGGUAGGGACUGUACAGAGCGGAAAUAUGGCAUCUGUAAGCCUUCCGUCAGUGUGGUGGGGCUCAUUGCCUUCUGGUUCAUCGCCAUACUGGGGCCCCUCAUCGGGCUCCCCCUGUGGUUCGGCUACAAAAGUUUUUCCAAGAACUCAGGCAAUCGAAUUACGGACCUGAUGUUCGAGUAAACAGACUCGACACUGUUCGGUCACCGCUGUUUGCUCAUCUGUUACCG